AUGAUAGGCCUGACUGUCGAGGAGCUAACGCCGGAACGCAUAAAGUUCACACUUUCCAAUGCAACGGUGGGAUAUGCAAAUGCACUAAGAAGAAUAUUGAUUUCUGAAGUGCCGACGAUUGCAAUCGACAUGGUAGAGAUAGAAAGGAACAACACAGUGCUUCCUGAUGAGGUGCUUGCACACAGGCUUGGGCUGGUCCCUAUAUAUUCGAAAAGAGAGCUUAAGUAUAAGGAAGAAUGCAGCUGCUCUGGAUUCUGCUCGGAGUGUUCUGUUGUGUUUGAGAUAGAUAUAGUGCACACAGAAGAUGCCCUGAGGGUUGUAAGUGCAAGAGACAUCGUCUGCGAUGAAGGAGAUGUGGUUAUUAAGAGCGGGCCCAUGAUCACAAAGCUGGCAAGGGAUCAAGGUCUAAAGGCUCGAUGCAUUGGACGUAAAGGGAUUGGAAAGAUUCAUGCAAAAUGGUCUCCGGUGUCUGCAAUCAGUUUCGAAUACGACAAGGACAAUGUCAGGAGAGAGACAAACUACUGGUUCGAAGAGUCUAUAGAAGAGGAAUGGCCUGGGGUAAAGCAAGGAGAAGCGAAUCCGAUGCAGAAAGUAGAUAAGAUCCAUAUGUGUGUAGAAGUCAUCGAGGGAGGUGCUGGGCCAAUUGCUAUUGUUUUGGAAGGACUGAAGAUACUUAAGGAAAAGAUAGCCGCACUGGCAUCUGCAACCGAAACAAUGGAUUAA